UUGUAAUGCUUUAAGUAGUAGUAUAAGUAAUAUUUUUUUAGACUUUCUUCAUAAAAUUGAAAAUUCUUUCAUCGAAAGCAAGAAAAAAGUGCUUGCCUAUAAGCCGGUUGAAUUCGGGCCAAAUUUCGUUUCGAUAUCGGUUCCACCUUGUGGCAAUAUAUGUGCCUUAAAAGGAACGACAAUAAUCAACAGACAUGGUUGUUUGUAUUUUUCGUUUUGAAAUUCUGCGAUCUAUAUAGAUAUAUUAAGAUAUAAAUACCAUCCAAACAUGAUCACAAAGCGGAAAACAUUCGAUAUUAUGUCCGAGAUUAUAAUCGUUCUAAAAAAGGUCAAUAUUGUUUGUCCAAGUAUUUGGUCCCCUUCAACCAGCUGUGGUCGAGUAUCGCUUAAACAUCUUUACAUUUAUUUUUAAAAAAUAAGAAAAAAUUAAAAAUGAGAAAUAACAUUCAUGUUUUUAUUUAACUACAAAAGAUGGCGCAAUGUUUGAUGAACUGGUAUCCAAUGGUAACAAGAUUUUCAGUUCAUCAUAUUUUAUUCGAUUAAUAUUAUCAUAAAUUAUACUGAGUACUUUCAUCCCUAAGGUGAAGACAAAACGAAUAACCUUCAUGUCUGAUGGAUGAUGACAAUCAAUCCUCAUUGUUAACUCGGAAUUUUUUCCUAGUCAAUAUUCAUGGACAAAUCGAAAGCAGUUCGUUCAUAGGCCAUGAUUAUGAAAAUGUUUAUUGCAAAUGCUUAUUUCGUUAUGGACCUGAUUGGGCGUUGGUCAACAAUACCAAUUCAACAUCAUCUGAUAAACGUAACAACAAUAAAGAUAUAGUAUUUAUAUCACAAAUGGCUAGCCGAAGGCCAGAUCAACCAGUGGAACUACCAUUGUACGUAUGGAAUCUACCAAUUGAAGCUACUUUCAAAAGUACAAACGUAUUUGGAUGGCCACAAAUAAUUGUUAGCGUUUAUGGUAUGGAUAAUCUUGGCAAUGAUGUCAUUCGUGGUUAUGGAUGGACACAUUUACCUAUACGACCGGGCGAACAUCGGCUACAAAUACGUUUGUUUACCCCUCAAUCUUCAACGCUGUUAGCAAGGAUAGCCAAUUGGUUUGUCGAAUCACGUCGACCAGAGUUUAUUGACACACGAUUGGCAGCUGGACAUGAAGGUAGACAAUUGGUGACAAUCGAAAAUCAAGGAGGUGAAGUGACCAUCCUAUUGAAUGUUCUUUUCAAGGAUUUCAAAAAGUAUGGAUUCAUUUCGAGAUAAUGAUCGCUAUCGCCUCCGACAUCAUCAUCAAUGCUAAUAAAAUUUUGACUGUCGUCAAUAUUUACUAAUCAUUAUUUCACAAAACGUUCAAAGAAACCUUGACUCUUUGAUUAAAUUUUGUAAGCAAAUGUAAAUUCUUUCACACGAGAAUGUCACUAAAAAUUUUUUUUCAUGCCUUAAUCAAUUAUAUGAUCAAAAAAACAAUAAGAACAAGUUUUAAAAAUUUUCAA